CUCCUGUUCACAUUCUGUUGCCACCUCACCUACAUUACCGUAACGCUCGGAUCCAUUUCGGUCAGGCAAGACACGUAGCGAUGACCAUUGAAGCAAUGACUGUAUCUAAUCUGAAGCAAAUCAAGAACAAUGUCAUUGGGAAUCCAUCCGUCAAGCUGCAGUGUGCUCGGGACGAGGUAUUUAUUCAAAUGCUUGUCGAAUCUUUGAAUCGCGAGCCUGUAGUAGAUGAGCCGCAAGGGUCAAAGGACGAUAUUCGCAUCGAGGCCGCCCAUAUCAUAACGUCGAUAUCUUAUGGUUCUGAAGACGCCCUGGGGAGCUUGCUGAGGGCCGACGUCCAUCGGGCGUUGUUGUUUGCCAUUGCCAAAAUACAACCAACCGAUUCGACAUUCCUCAGAGCUGCAUUCACUCGUGCAUUGAGAGCUAUCGCCGUGGCUGUUGCAGAGACCGUGGGUCCGUCACAGUGGGGCUUGAGGGCAGAUUCAUCUGCCAUCAGGAACGAGGCAAAAGUCACUCUGGAUUUCCUGUUUCAUAUCGAUUCUCUGGACAUUUAUCUUCCUCUUCUCAUUGAUCCGUCGGUUCAGACCAGCACAUCGAUAGCACUACUACUUGGGAGUGCUCUUCGGACAGCGGAGCACCGAACAGCAGUCACAGAGUGGCUGCCUGUCGCGGAUCGCGCGAGAGAAGUCAAAACAAAGCGCGGAUGGGAAAAGACUUCAACAAAUUCAAGCUCGUUGCAUCGUCAUGGAGGUUGGGCCGCUAGAAAUCUCAGUUCACUGUUGCUGACCAGUAGAGAUUACAAAUAUCAGGAAAGCCUGUUGUUAGCCCUGGCUGCCCUUUGCAAGGAUAAUGCAACCGUGGCAGUAGCUCUAACGAAACCCAUCGCUGAGAAAGAUGCAACACUCUCACACAUUCUUUCACUAACAAAAUCCAGGAUUCCUGAGGUUCAGCUGGCUGCUUGUCUAUGCGUGAUACAUAUUGUUCGAUCCAGUGCAAGUCAUUCCGCACCUGUCGAUGACUACUCUGCAAGGACGAUAUUAAGCGUCGUAAAUCGCAUGAUUGCCACGCCGCCUACAGGUACAGUACAGAACCGAUGCAAAGCUUGCUUCAUCUUAUAUUAUCUGGUUACCGAUGAAGCAAUUCUGUGCCACAUAGCAUGGGAACGUGGGUCUCUUCGGCGACUUGCUGCGUUAGUUCAGUCUAUCACGCCCCCGGAUUUGAACGAAAGGGAAGAGGAAGAACCCGAGAGUGUGUCUUCACUAAGAGAGGCCGCUCUUACAGCAAUAGCAUCCAUUUCAAUGUUCGACAAUGACAUUCGUAGAUCUUUGACUGAUGACUUGAAAUUACUUCCCACUAUUCAUGUCUCCCUGUCGCAUCGUCAUGUGGGAGUCCGAUAUGCCGCUUGUCAGUGCAUACGGGCCCUCAGCCGGGCUGUGGCUGUAUUACGCACCAAUCUCGUAGAUAGUGGCCUGGGUAUGGUCGUCUUUCAAAUAUUCAAGAAGGAAGAUGAAGAUAGAAGGGUAUUGUCUGCUGCGCUUUCUGCAGUGUGUAACAUCGUCAACGAAUUUUCUCCGUUGAGACCCGUAUAUCUAGAUCAAGGACUACUACCACGCCUCAUACAGCUUUUGGGCUCUGGGGAUCCGACGUUACGAUUAAGUGCUUUAUGGGCCAUCAAAAAUUUACUGCGCAAGACAUCGCUAGAAAUUAAAAAGGAGGUUAUGAACCAGAUCGGUUGGUCCCAGCUCUCCAGAUUACUUGCUGAUCCGGCAGAAGGUAUCCAGGAACAAGCAUUCAACAUCGUGCGGAAUUUAGCUGAAGACGAAGAGGCCAUCGACAUGGUCUUUGAAGGCUUGGGCACGCAUAUUCUACUAGACCGUCUUGUAGUAACUUUGGAAUCUCGUGACGAAGACGUCGUCCUUCAGGCGGCGUCUCUCCUUGCGAAUCUCGCCAAUGGUUCUGAAGUCCAGCAGGACCUCAUCUUAUCUUGUCCCAAAAUCCUUCUUUCCCUCAAGACAUGUCUGGCAGAGUGCAAACCUGAAAUUCGUCGGCCAGCAGUCGGAUGUAUCCUUGAGCUUGCACGGAGAAGCUCCAAUGGACGGAAGGAGAUGGUCGAAGCCGGCAUUCUGUCGACAUUGCGGCAUAUCUGCGAGUGGACUGGCGGAGGAUUGACUAUGAGCCAUGCACAUACAAGCAGCGCUAUCGAAGAAGAGAAGGACAUUAUUGAGCAUGCACGGUUGGCAUUGAACUGGCUAGAAUACGGACCAUAAUUUUCGCCAAGUUCACGUUUGUACCUCAUCCAGAUAAUGAAAUAGUUGCGUCCCUGGUUU